ACGGGUAAUGAUUGCGGCUUCGGACUCGGCUGUUCCAUGUGCUAUGAUGAUGGAUAUUGCAAAAUCGCUCUCACCCUAUUAUAUGUAUAAACGAGUCGCACAGGAUAUAGCGCUACAACUAAUCUUCUUCGAUGGUGAAGAAGCGUUUGUAGACUGGACCGAAACUGAUUCUCUCUACGGAUCUCGUCAUCUUGCCAAGAAGUGGGAAACCAAAUGGUAUCCCACUACAACUGGCACAAACUUUGAACUGAGUCGAGAAAUCGAUAGGAU